CCGGAGAAGUGCCCUCGCGAUACAUCCAGGUUUCAGCCAGAACGAAGGAACACGGGACGUGCGAGACAGCGAUUACAAUGGCCAGAAUCGGUCGGGAACAUCCCAUUCAUCAUCAUCAUCAUCAUCAUCAUCAUCAUCAUCAUCAUCAAAGUUCCAGGGAUAGUGCAGAGCUGGAAGAUCGCGACCCAAGUGUCGCGAACGACGAGACUGCUACCCUGAAAAGACACAAAGAUGGGCGAGCUCCCAGGUCCUAUUGGCGUCAAGCUAGAGCCCGCCGGGUUUUCCAUGGCUGGAGAUUCGGCAUCCUGUGCGCUUCCGCUUGGGCCGUCCUAGUCUUCCUGAUCAACCUCACUGCGACCAUCGCCAUCUCGGCGAGCUCUCGCGGAAACCACGAUGUCCUCCUGGAGGAUCAAUGCGAUAGCGUAAGCAAGUGGAAUACUGGGCUUCAUGUUCUAAUCAACGUUCUCAGCACAGUGCUGUUAGCAGCAAGCAACUAUUGCAUGCAAUGCUUGUCUGCCCCAACCCGACGCGACGUAGACAAGGCGCAUGCAAAAGGAUCGUGGCUUGACAUCGGAGUCCCAAGUACCCGCAAUAUCUCAAUCAUGAGCCGCAGUCGGUUGGCUAUAUGGUGUCUCCUAGGCUUGACGUCUCUGCCUCUACACCUCCUCUACAACGCGACCGUCUUCCAAUCAGUUUCGUCUAACAGCUAUGUUGUUGCAACAGUUCACCAAAGGUUCCUUCAGGAUGAAAGCUGUCGCAACUGCACUAACGGGUUUUCGAGAAAUGAUACAGCAGAGGAGAAGCCAGAAACUGUACUCAGCGAUUCAGUCGUCAACCAGAUACCAGAAAUCUUGGGAACAUUACACACGGAAGGGCGGCAGGGAAAGCUUCUUCGCCUGAGCGUGGAGGAUUGUCGGAAAGAGUACUCCGUUCAUGUCAACCCUAAACGAAGCAACCUCCUGGUCGUAUCUUCAAAGCCUUUCGACCCCCUGGAGACGCAGAUGUUUGUCCCGGGCUCAUACAUUUGGGACAUACAAGAAUUCAAUGCCACAGAUAUAGAAAGGAAGGAUCUUUGGAUGGAAUCGAAUGAUUCGCAUUGUGUUGGGCUCGAUUCCGCGGGUAAAGAGUCUUGUACGUCUGAUAUGAUUGAAACUCCAGAUUCGUGGACUGUAGGAGAACAUUGGGCGCUGUAUUGCUUGAGUCAGCAGGCCGUAGGAUCUUGCAAGCUGCGUACAAAGCGGAGUCUGCUGAUCAUUGUUACAGCCGUAAAUUUUGUGAAAUGCGCUCUGAUGUUCUACGCAUUUCUGAACAUGCAAGACGACCCUCUCAUCACAGUAGGCGACGCCAUCGCCUCAUUUCUCGAGCGGGAAGAUCCUACAACGAGAGACAUGUGCCUGUUAUCAAAACCCGACUUUGAGAAGCCUGGCAUCCAAAGAGAGCCAAGAGAAUUCCAGAAUGAUUUGCGGCGCCGCUGGAAGGAUGCCACGAGCAAAGUACGACGACGAUUUGCAUAUGCCAUACUCGUCCUCGCCAUCUUGACUGUUACCUUCCUUGCUCUUACCAUGAUAUUCGGGAAUCGAUACAAGGGUUCGAACGGAUACUCAGUGCAGAUGCGCCCUGGUAUUGAACAGCUCAACACGCAGAACAUGUUGAAGGGCUCCUGGGACGUACUUGACAGAAACCUGAUCAUCGUCAAUAUUCCCCAGUUAGGCAUCUCUCUCAUCUAUCUGUCAUACAACCAUCUGAUGACGGCCAUGCUACUGGGAAGAGAAUGGACUUCGUACGCCGAAGACAGAAAAGGCUUGGGGAGAAAGGGUCUACGAGUGUCGCGCGUACCUUCUGGGGAGCAAAGAAGCACAUACUUCCUUCAACUGCCGUAUCGAUUCAGCAUACCUUUGAUGGCCAUGUCGGGUCUGUUGCACUGGCUUGUCAGCAGAAGCUUCUUCCUCGUGCCGAUUGAAUUCUACGACCCGCUUGGCCAGCCAGAGAUCGGGAGAGACAACAAGCCUCGUGCGAUGCUCGGCAUGGGUAUCUAUCCGCUUGAAUUGAUAGUGGUUGCUGUACUGAGCGCACUCAUGCUCCUAACUGCAGUGGGAUUCGGAUUCGUGCGUCACAGAGCGAGUAUGCCGGUCGCUGGAAGUUGCAGCAUGGCAAUGAGCGCGGCGUGUCAUCUCAAUGAAGCAGAGGACCCUGAUCGAGACACGGCAUCUACCAAGAUUAUGCAGUGGGGAGUGGUUUCAGUUUCAGACGAGGGAAUCGGGCAUUGCUCCUUUUCUUCUCAGGCUGUACAACCUCUCGUAGUAGGUGUAAAAUAUGCGGGGCAAUGUUCAAAUAAGGUGAUAUAG